AUGGAUAAAGAUGGGAAGUUUAGCACUAGCGUGGAUUUCUCGCAAGUCUCAGAGGACAGAACGGAGGAAAAUGGAACAUCCAGGUUGAGAAAAUGGACGUCGUCGUUCAAACGUCGGGAACCAGUAGUUAUCGACGAGGACGUAAACUUGGAGCUGUGGGACGAGCAGAAACGUCGUAACUACGAGCUGGCUAACCAGCCAUACCGCAAAAGUUUGGACCAGAGGCAUUUGACGAUGAUUUCGAUCGGGGGAACGCUGGGUACCGGGCUUUUCAUCGGGCUGGGGUAUUCGCUGGCGUCGGGCCCCGGAUCGUUGCUGAUCGGGUUUUUCAUCGUGGGAACCAUGAUGUUUUGCGUGGUGCAAAGUGCGUCAGAGAUGGCGUGCCAGUACCCUGUGUCCGGAAGUUUUGCUGCUCACACGUCCCGUUUCAUGGAGCCCUCCUUGGGGUUCACCGUUUCUACCAACUACGCACUGGCUUGGCUCAUAUCUUUCCCCUCUGAAUUGAUCGGAUGUGCCAUCACGCUGCGCUACUGGAACACAAGCGUCAAUCCGGCCGUUUGGAUAGCCAUUUUUUACUGCUUCAUCAUGGGCCUCAACUUGUUUGGCGUCCGUGGAUACGGAGAGGCAGAGUUCUGGAUGUCUCUGUUCAAAGUCAUUGCGAUUGUCAUUUUCAUUAUCAUUGGUAUCGUGCUCGUCUGUGGCGGAGGUCCACAGUCUGAUGGUUACAUUGGAGCUCAAUACUGGCAUAACCCGGGUUCGUUUGCCAAACCGGUUUUCAAAGGUCUCUGCAACACUUUUGUAUCUGCAGCUUUUUCGUUUGGUGGUGCUGAGCUGGUCGUUUUAACGGCUUCAGAAUCUCGUAAAAUCGAAUCUGUCUCGCGCGCAGCAAAGGGCACGUUUUGGAGAAUUGCUAUCUUUUACAUCACCACUGUAGUUGUCAUUGGUUGUUUGGUUAAAUACACCGACCCUCGUUUACUCGGCGGUAACAGCAGUGAGGAUUUGAGCGCUUCCCCUUUUGUAAUUGCUUUGAGCGGGCAGGGCUCGAUGGGCGUCAAAGCGUCGCAUUUCAUGAACACUGUUAUUCUGAUAGCGGUGCUAUCAGUUUGCAACUCGUGUGUUUACGCUGCCUCGAGAGUAAUUCAAGCGUUGGGCGCGUCGGGUCAGAUCCCAAGGUUCUGCGGUUACAUUGAUCAGAGUGGAAGACCGCUAGUUGGUAUUGCUAUUUGCGGUGUUUUUGGUUUGUUAGGGUUCCUGGUUGCUUCUGACAAGCAAGACGAAGUGUUCACAUGGCUUUUUGCGUUGUGCUCUAUCUCAUCGUUUUUCACAUGGUUCUGCAUUUGCGCCUCUCAAGUUCGUUACAGAUUAGCGUUGAGGGCACAGGGCAGAUCCUCGGACGAGAUUGCGCACAAGUCCAUGCUGGGCAUUUACGGUGGAAUUUUGGGUGCGGUGCUAAAUGUCUUACUAAUCGCUGGCGAGAUUUAUGUUUCAGCAUUUCCCUUGGGCGAGAAAUCCAGUGCCGAGCAGUUUUUCCAAUACUGUAUGAGUAUUCCCAUCAUGAUAGUUGUCUACGUGGUGCACCGCUUGUUUUUCAACAGAAGUGCACGUUUGCUGACUCCGUUGAAGGAAAUCGAUUUGGACGUUGGCGCUAGGACCACCGAUCUGGAUAUGCUGAAACAGGACGCGAUUGAUGCCAGGGCCAAAAUCGCUGCCAAGCCGUUGUACUAUAGAAUUUAUCGAUUCUGGUGUUAA